GCACGCGCAGUUUAGACUACUUGCUUCGGAUGUUCAGGAAUGUGGCUACGUUAGCUAGCCUGUUAUGGAUCAACCACAACAAACAUCUGUUCCGUUUGAAAUUAUUUAACUAAGAAAGCGACCGUUUGGUCACGUUAUAUAGUCAACAUUACAAAUGGACAACGUUGAUGGGGCAUUCCUCUCCAGACGGGUUGUUGCUGUCAAUAACCCUCUGCUGGACCAGCUCCCCAGCUACCAGACCCUGCUCUACCGCAGGAAGUCAUCAGGCAGCAGCAGCACAAAGCGUCGGCGUGUCUCCCGAGGGCGCUAUGGCUCCACCAGCAGUGGGGGCGGGACCCAGGACGUGAGAGGCAAGUGUGCAUAUGGGAGGACACAGGAUGGGCCUUCCCGCAGUACUACUGAGCACAGACUCGCCCGGGAACUGCCCUUGAACAUGGCGGAGAAACGCAGACACAAGUUGCAACUCUACCGUGAUCUGUCUGGCUGGAAACAGUGGCGUUCAAGUGCAGGGCACUACCUGAAGAGGAUGAGAGAGGAGGGCUCUGUGGUGUUCAGUAGCAUGCAGCUCUGGAGAACAGAUAUCCACCUCAUAGAGGGCAUGUUCGGGACGGGGAUUCUCUCAUAUUUCUCCUUCCUGCGUUUCCUGGUCCUGCUGAACUUCAUGAUGUUUCUGCUCAUCUUCAGCUUUGUGAUCCUACCAGUCAUCGUGGCGAAACGCACGUCUUCCAACCUCACUGUCACCAGUGGAGAAGAGAUAGAAUGCAGUGUGUAUCCUCCCAGAUCUCGACAGGGCCUGGUGGUCUUUCACCAGUACAUUACUGACCUGCUGUCUGGAACGGGAUUCCUGGAGCAGACCUACCUGUUCUAUGGGUCCUAUAUGGUGGAGUCCAUCCAGUUCCCCUCAUUCAGCUACAGUGUGCCGAUAGCUUACUUGCUCUGCACCAUUGCCUACCUACUCCUGAGCCUCCUCUGGAUCGUUAAGAGAUCAGUGACUGGUUUUAAGCGGAAGCUUAUUCGGGAUGAAGACCGUUUCCAGAGUUUCUGUAAUAAGAUCUUUGCUGCCUGGGACUGCUGUAUCACUAAUGAGAACGCCGCCCGACUGAAACACAAAAGUCUCCUUUAUGAGCUCAAGACUGAUCUGGAGGAGGAGAGGAUCAGACAGAAAAUAGCUGAGCGCUCCCGUCAGGAGAAGUGUCGUAUCUACACACUCAGAUUCACUCUCAACCUCUUUGUCAUCUGUGUGUUGGCCGCCUGCUUUUACGCCAUCUACAUCGCCACAAUCUUCUCACAGCAAAUACAGGCACAGGCGUCUCAGCAGUACACCUUUAUUGUGGCAUUGAUAUUUGAGUAUCUGCCCUCCAUCGUUAUCACAAUGGCCAACUUCAUCACUCCGAUCAUCUUCACUAUCAUCAUCAGCUUUGAGGACUACUCUCCUGCCUUCGAGAUCCGCUUCACACUCCUGAGGUGUGUUUUCAUGCGAUUGGCCAGUAUUGGGGUCCUGCUCUUUUCUCUGUGGUCCCAGAUUAGAUGCCCUGAAACAGAUUGUCCCUGUGGAUACAACAAAAAGCUUUACCCUUGCUGGGAGACGCAUGUCGGGCAGGAGAUGUACAAGCUGUUGAUCUUUGAUUUUCUCAUCAUCGGAGCGGUCACACUUUUCGUGGAGUUUCCCCGAAAGAUUCUAGUGAAUCACUGUGACUAUGCGCUGGUGAAGUGGCUGGGUCAGCAGGAGUUUGCCAUCCCUCACAACGUCCUGGAGAUCAUCUACGGCCAAACCAUCUGCUGGAUUGGGGCUUUCUACUGCCCCCUGCUGCCCGCCAUCAACACCAUCAAAUACUACUUAGUAUUUUAUAUCAAGAAGGUGACUCUGGUGAAUAACUGUCGCCCUGCUUCACGCCCAUUCAGGGCAAGCAGCUCCACAUUCUUCUUCCUGGCAGUACUGCUGAUCGGCCUAGUACUGGCUACUGUGCCCAUUAUAGUGAGCAUGACUCAGAUUCGGAGCUCUGGUUCAUGUGGGCCAUUUGUGAACUACAACACGUCGUGGGCAGUGGUUCCACAGACUGUGUCACUGCUACAUCCACAUUUACGCUCCUUCCUCACCACGCUCUCCUCUGAGGCUUUCGCUGUGUCCUUCUUCGUCAUCACCUGUAUGGCAAUGUUAUAUGUCAUAGCAUUGGCUGGAGCUUAUAAACGUGUGAUAAAUCAGCUGAGAGAUCAGCUUGUCAUGGAGGGACGCGAUAAGCGUUUUCUCAUUCAGAAGCUGUGUCAGGCCCAGGCAAACUCAUCCAGUCGGUUGGUGCAGGGUUACCACGGGAACAGAAGACAUGGCAGUACCGGGGUGUACAUGGUUCAGGUGCCCACUUAGGUGAAGACUCAGGCAUAGAGGUACUCUCAUGGGUGUGGGUUAUUAAGGUGCUCUUGGGUUAUUGGUUUGCUUCAUGAUUAACUUAUUGAUCAAACUUGUGGAGAGAUCUCUUACUGGUUAAAAAGUUAAAAUCUUCAGUAUAACUGUUAAAAGGAAAGAGUUCAAUGCAUUUUUAUUUUCUAUUUAUAUUUCAUCUGAGUUUACCAGAAAGAAAACCUGAAAUUCUUGAACAGCAGGCAGACAGUACACUUCCCCUGAGUGUUCACAUGUACUGGAGCACACUUCCCCCGAAUGUUACAUUCUCACACACACUCACGUGCACAUAUAUAUGUACACAUACACACACAGAUAGGCACUCAUGCACCCCCCCCCUCCACAUUUGUAUAUAAACCUGCAUGCACACACAACACUAACCACCAGGUUGGAUAAUAACCCCAAGGGUACCUCAGACAUUGUAUACCAUAAACCACACAACUAUAAUAAAAGACCUGGAUGAAACAUUUGACAACAAAAGAUAUAACUAGGCAACUUUAACUAACUCUCCAAUCCUGUAACAUUACUGAAACUGUUGCUCAUGAUCAUUCCUGUCACGGAUUGCCUGUUUUGUAAUUUGUCUUUUUGCUAUAUUUUUAAGUAUUUAAAUUGUAUUGUUGAAAUCAAACAAUCUGUAAUGGAACCGUUUAGGUGUGGGUAUUAAACAACUAUACAGUA